UGUAGACUGGUUAGUCCACUGCAGUGACCAAUGUUCAUUUACUAGUUAUUGGGGUUCUUCUUCAGAUCAUUUGCUAGCCUCCUAGCUAUAAAUUUGUCCACAUUGUUCAGAUCUUUGACGCAUUAUUCAGCUGCCUAUAGUAGUAGCUAGCUAGGUGAGAUCGAGGGGCAAUGGAGUUGGUGGUGGCGGUAGCAGGUGCAGUAGUCGUGGCACUGAGCUUGUGCAUUGGAGGUGUGCAAGGUCAGCUCCAGGUAGGGUUCUACGACCAAUCGUGCCCCCAGGCCGAAGUGAUUGUGAGAGACGAGGUCGGCAAGGCCGUGAGCGCCAACGUUGGCCUCGCCGCCGGCCUUGUCCGGAUGCACUUCCAUGACUGCUUCGUCAAGGGAUGUGACGCGUCGGUUUUGCUGGAUUCGACGGCGAACAGCACGGCGGAGAAGGACGCGAUACCGAACAAGAGCCUGAGGGGGUUCGAGGUGGUGGACAGCGCCAAGCGGCGGCUGGAGAGCGCGUGCAAGGGGGUGGUCUCCUGCGCGGACAUACUCGCCUUCGCCGCCAGAGACAGCGUCGUGCUGGCCGGCGGCACCCCGUACCGCGUUCCGGCCGGGAGGAGGGACGGCAACACCUCCGUGGCGUCCGACGCGAUGGCCAACCUGCCCCGUCCCACCUCAGAUGUGGCCCAACUCACACAAAGUUUCGCCACUCAUGGGCUUUCCCAGGACGACAUGGUCAUCCUUUCAGGGGCGCACACGAUAGGGGUGGCGCAUUGCAGCUCGUUCAGCUCGAGGCUGUACGGGUACAACUCCAGCACGGGGCAGGACCCGGCGCUGAACGCGGCGAUGGCGUCGCGGCUGUCGCGGAGUUGCCCGCAGGGGAGCGCCAACACGGUGGCCAUGGACGACGGCAGCGAGAACACGUUCGACACCAGCUACUACCAGAACCUCCUCGCCGGCCGCGGCGUCCUCGCCUCCGACCAGACGCUCACCGCCGACAACGCCACCGCCGCGCUCGUGGCGCAGAACGCCUACAACAUGUACCUCUUCGCCACCAAGUUCGGCCAGGCCAUGGUCAAGAUGGGCGCCAUCCAGGUGCUCACCGGCAGCGACGGCCAGAUCCGCACAAACUGCAGGGUUGCAAACUGAGCUAGGCCUCGCUUGCUGAACAACAACAUUUUUGAAGCCUCUACUUGUUCCUAUCAUCAGAGUUUUUGUUCUUCUUUUGUCUCUAUGCUUUAAUUUGUCAAACGGCAAAAAUUCAAUGGAAUUACGCAUUGGUUUUGAACUAAAUUAUCCAA